AGUGGAUAUUUUAAAAACCUUGAAACGCGUUAUCUUCAUUUUCAAACUUCAAUUCCCUUUUCAUUUCCUCGUUGACCGACGACAGCCACCAACUCCUCCACCACCACCACCACCACCACCACCACCCUCCGUCGUGCUCAGCUCUGAGGGUUUUCAUAAGUUUGCAGUUCGCAUGCUCGACGCUUUGUCCCAGUAAGCAGAACGUAAUUUCUCUUCUCUGUCUCUUUCUGCUCUUAUCCUUUUCAACUUUUAGGGCUUGUCUGUUUCCGGAAAAUUAUAGAGGGAGAAAAUUGGAAGUGGGAAACUGAAAAAGUUGGAUUUUUUAGGGUUGUUUGUACUCUGUGUGCUCGUUUGAUCUCAAGUAUUUAUAAAGAAAAAAAUUGAAAAAUUGUUUCUUUUGGAAGAGUUCAUUAAUAUAUUGUAUCUGGGAAUUGAAUCAUUAUUUGGGAAGAAUAAGUUGUUUAUUGAGAUUUCUGCCGUUACUUUUGUGAACUAAAGCAGAAGUUUUGGCUGGAGUAGAAGCUGGUUGAUGUAUGGGUAUCACUGUCUGAUGUGAUAUUUCGUUAAUUUCAAGUGUAGGGUUUGUUAUCAAACUUGCGGAGGAUCUUUUGCGGUGGUAUAAGAUUUGAGUUGCAUUAUAUCAUUCCUUUUUAGUUACAGUGUUGUAAAAGAGGGAUUUAAAGAUAAAAUCUUUUGGAGUUCAGUGAUUAUAUUGAAGUUAUUGAGAUGGAUAAUAGGAAUCCAGAUCAUUUGGGUGUGAAUAAAUUUGGGAAGAAUAUCAAGAAGAGUCCUAUACACCAGCCCAAUUUCAAUAAUACAAGUAGUGCUAGGCCACAACCUCAGCCUCAGGUUUACAAUAUUAACAAGAAUGAUUUUCGGAGCAUUGUUCAGCAACUGACAGGUUCACCGUCUCAAGAGCCUCCACCUAGACCUCCCCAGAAUCCUUCAAAGCCUCAGAGCAUGAGAUUACAAAAGAUUCGGCCACCACCUUUGACUCCAAUAAAUCGUCCCCAAAUUCCAAUCCACCCUCCUGCGCAGGUCCCAGGCUCAGCUCAAUCUGCAGGAGGUGUUCCUUUCCAUAACAAUGUUGUGAGACCGCCUCCUCAUUAUGGUCAGCCGUCACCCCCUAUGUUACCACCCACUCCUGGAGAUGUUUGGACAAAUACAGCUGAGUCUCCGAUUUCAGUUUAUAUGCGUUAUCUUCAGAAUUCAAUAAUAGAUUCUGGGCCUAGACAAGCACAAUUUCAAGGUCCUGGUCAUUUUCAAGCACAUCCACCAUCAUCUGGUUUACUACCUAAUCCUUCAAUGCCACCUCUUCUGAAUGGCCCACCUCUGCGGAUGAAUGGUCUUCCAUCUCCUAGGAUGAAUGGUCCUCCUCCACCUCUUCCUUCCCCAGGAAUAAAUGGGCCUCCUCCUUUGCCUUCACCUACUUCUCAGUAUCUUUUGCCGUCACCCACUGGCUUCUUGAACUUGUUAUCUCCCCGGUCCCCUUAUCCAUUGCUUUCUCCGGGUAUGCAGCAUCCUCCACCACUGACACCAAAUUUCUCCUUCUCUCCCAUGGCUCAGCCUGGGAUUCUAGGCCCGGGACCACAAUUUCCUCCUUCUCCUGGUUAUGGAUUUCCUUUGUCACCUUCUGGGUUCUUUCCCAUUUCAAGUCCAAGAUGGAGGGAUCAGUAGUGCUAGGAAGAGAGCUGCUGACUUGGAUGGCUCCUUCGAUCUGAUUCUUUGCUUUGAGUUUUGUCAUGGUGGCAUAUCUUCUCCAAAUUGAAGCCUUGUCCCUGUGGAUAUGCAGUGUGUACUAGCAAAAUGGAAGCACUGGAUAUUCUUAUUCUUGUCCGAAGUCACUCUGGCAACGAUGCUUUUACAUGUGUCCAGCUUAUAAAUCGGAAUGAUAUCCCCUUGUACACUAUGGGUCUGUAUGUCAAAUGUAGGUACCACAUGUAUAUCACCAUUUUGGACUAGCUGAAGAAAAAUCUAGCACAUGGUUGUCAGUUAUUUCAUUUUACUUGGAAGCUCAUUUAUGAUACUGAAAAGCAAACAGACGAUGGUUGAUGAUGCUUGAGGCAAAUAGAGUUUAGGAACACUGUUAAGACCUAAAACAUUUCACAUUUGCAUAAGCUGGUGAAGUAUGAGCCAUGGAAAAGCUAUUCUGAGAGUGCAAAAAUUCAUCUCUAAAGGGUGAGAAUUUUCAUAAUGUAAACAUGACAGCUCAAUAUUGUUAUGAUCUUUCUGGAGCUUAUCUUUAUUUGUGCAAUAGACUCUUACUACCUUCGAUCUAA